ACUCGGACGGGUUUAGAGUUUCGAGAUGGGUUUAGGAUUAAGAAUUUAGAGUUAGUUUGUUUUUAAUCGGAAUCUGAUAGCGAUGAAGAACAAGUUUUCCAUAAAUUUCAAAUUUGCCUCUUCUGGUCAAAGAACAACCUGUAACUUUAAAAAUUGAAUCAAUCAACCUAUAACAUAAUCAUCAUCCAGUCAACUCAAAGUCCAAUCCAAUCUCCGUUCAAGUUCCUCUUCAUUCUCAUCAAUCAAUCAAUUAAAUUUCGAAAACGCCUCUUGAUUUUCCGAUUCUCAAAUUUUCAAAAGAAAAAUGGGCAAAGGCGGUGGAUGCGUACCUAGCAAGAACAGAGCAUCGAUUACCGUCUCCGAUCCAGAUCCCGAUCAUCCUCCGCCGCCACAGGAGAAAAAAUCCGCCGCUCAAUCUCACAAUCCGCCCGGAGAAAUCGCGAGGAAUCUGAGGAUCUUCAUCGUGUAUUACUCGAUGUACGGUCACAUCGAGCUAUUGGCGAAGAGGAUCAAGAGAGGAGUCGAUUCGGUUGAUGGCGUUGAAGGUGUUCUGUUUAAGGUGCCGGAGACGUUGCCGCCGAAGACGCUGGAGCAGAUGAAAGUUCCGGCGAAGGACGACAGCGUGCCGGUGAUUGAGGUGGAGAAGAUGGUAGAGGCGGACGGAUUCUUGUUUGGAUUUCCAACGAGGUAUGGAUCCAUGGCGGCGCAGAUGAAGUCGUUUUUCGAUUCGACGAUUGAUCUUUGGAAGGAUCAGAGAUUGGCCGGCAUUCCGGCAGGAUUGUUCGUCAGUACCGGAACCCAGGGCGGCGGCCAAGAGACGACGGCUUUAACAGCAGUGAGUCUUCUAGCACACCAUGGAAUGGUAUAUGUUCCAAUAGGAUAUACCUUUGGGAGUGAAAUGACGAAUAUAGACACCAUUAGAGGAGGGUCCCCUUAUGGUGCUGGGGUUCUCUCCGGUGAUGGCUCAAGACCUCCUUCUUCCACUGAGCUUCAUCUUGCUCAUCAUCAAGGCAAGUACAUGGCUACCUUACUUAAAAGAUCUCUCCCCCGCUCUUGACUAACCCUUCUCCUCCUCGGUCCAUUACUCGUUUAGUCUCGACACUUUAAAACGUCUCAAUUUCACGUCCUCUCCAUUUUCGCCAUUGGUGUUUUUGUCAUUCGAUUAAAGCUUAAGAAGUAAAAUACAGAGGUUAAAAGUGUAAUUUAGCCUAUUUUUUUUAAUUCUUGUG